AUAACUAACUUUUAGCCAGCAUGCACUUUCUGUUACCUUUUCCCCUCUUAUUGUUCUCUCUCCUACAACUACCUUCCACCUUUCCCGCCAGAUUUCUCCCUAACAAUCCAACAAUCUUAAACCCUAAUGAUCCCUCCUCCCUCUCCUUCACCCCGUGGGACCACUUUGCGAAGUUCGCUAACCUCGAAAAAGGCAGCCAUGUCAACGGAAUAUGUGACCUCAAAAGGUACUUUCACCGAUUCGGGUACUUGCCGGCGGGGAACUUUUCUGACGAGUUUGACGCCGACUUAGAAUCCGCCAUCCGAAAUUACCAACAGAAUCUUGGAUUGCCGCUCACCGGGAAACUAGACUCCGGUACAAUCAAUCUCAUCAUGGCUCCACGUUGCGGUAUGGGCGAUUUUCAUUCACGCGCCGCCGCAGUAAACACUACGCGCCAUUUUCAUGAAACCCGUCGUUAUGCUUAUUUUAACGGACGUCCACGUUGGUUGAAAUCAUCUCCGAUGACGUUAACUUACGGCUUUUCACCGGACCAUAUGAUUAACUACAUAAGCAAAGACGAUAUUAGGAGUGUGUUCUCACGUGCUUUUUCACGGUGGUCGGAGGUAAUUCCGUUAAAUUUUACGGAAAUAGAAGAUCACAAGAAAGCGGAUAUUCGUAUUGGGUUUUACGACGGUGAUCACGGUGAUGGAGAACCGUUUGAUGGGGUCUUAGGAGUUUUAGCGCAUGCUUUUUCGCCUGAAAAUGGAAGACUACAUUUAGAUGCAUCUGAAAUAUGGGCCGUUGAUUUUAGAAAUGAAGAUUCAAAGGUAGCCAUUGAUUUGGAAUCUGUUGCAACACACGAGAUUGGUCACGUGCUCGGGUUGGCCCAUUCCUCUGUAAGUGAUUCGAUAAUGUACCCGAGUUUAAAACCCAGGAGUAAGAAAGUGGACCUUCGGGUUGAUGAUGUGGAAGGGGUCCAAGCUUUAUAUGGGUCAAACCCGAAUUUUAAUUACGGGUCUUUGUUUGAGGCUGAUCAAGAGACUUUUAAUAGUGCUUCCGGGUUCGGUUUGUCAAGUUGGUGGUUGUGGGCUCUUGUGUUGAUCACAUUGGGCCAAAUUAUAUGAUACUCUCUCCGUCAUUUUGAUUUUAUAUCAUAAGACUCAAAGUGUGAGAAUUUUUUGAGUUUUAUAGUGCAAAUUCAUAUAAAUAAACAAAGUAUGUUUGAAUUUUUUUUCAUUAUAUGAUUGAAAUACAAUGUAAAUACUUUUACAUUAUUAUUUUCAAUUAGAUUAGAGUUUUUUCAAUUAGGAAUUUAGAAAGGGAGAAGUUCAUUCUUUUAUGAUUAUGAUUGUA